GCCUUAUUUAUGUAGCAGACGGCGGCUAUUUACGGUUAGCUGAUUUACUCUGCUGAGAGCAAAUACAUUACAGUUUAUUUAGGUAUUUAGGUAUAUAGUCACCUAUUCAAUAUGUCCUUUUGUUCAUUUCUGGGAGGCGAGAUCUAUAAAGACCACUUCAAACCGGGUUUGUAUGUGUGCUCCCAAUGUGGGCAUCAGCUGUUCUCCAGCAGAUCAAAGUACGAGCAUUCAUCCCCAUGGCCUGCCUUCACUGAGACCAUCCGUGAGGACAGCGUGACCAAAAUGAUGGAGACGCCAUCAGCCUUCAAGGUGCUGUGUGGAAAGUGUGGCAAUGGACUGGGUCAUGAAUUCAUUAAUGAUGGGCCAACGGAGGGGCAGUCACGCUUCUGAAUAUUCAGUAACUCGCUGAAGUUUGUCCCUAAAGACAAGGUUGACAGAAAGUAAAGCGAGCUGGUGGAGUAGAGAAGACAGUGAGAAUGUGUUGAGUAAUGCUGUUUUUGUCUUAACUGUGGCCAGUUCUUGAAGUGUGCUGGAAAAAGCCCACAACGGGACAUUCAGUACGCAGAUGUCUAAGUGGCCACACUGAGAAAGAAAUGGAUGCAUUGAUAUUUAUAUUCAAAUAUGCACACUCAGUUGUGUACAGAAUUACACAAGGAUGGCCUCAUAAGCUUUUAAAUAAAAUGUAGGAAUUUUUUUUUUCUUUUUAAUGAUCACACUUUUUAGCAAUAGGGGAAUCCCCUAUUUGAGAUUCUACCGUAUUCAGAUAACUUGGGGCUGUUUUCUAGCAUUCCCCUGUCACUGCAAUGUUCCAUAAUAUCCAGGUGGGCUUUCUGCCCUAGGAUAGAGGCUCUUCAGAUCAACUUCAGUAUGAAAAAUUAAAUGUGUGUUUUUUUUUUUUUUUUUUUUUUAAGUUCUCAUUCAAGAUUUGUCUUGUCUCGGCUAUAUAAGAUCAGAAAGUAUAGUAGAAGUUAUAUCCUGUAGGGUUUGGCAAUACUGGUAUAUUUUUUUCCAUCAGUGAUGACUCUUUGGAAACCCAGAGGAAAAUGUUUAACUUUGUCUAUGCACGGAUGAGACACCAACUGUCUGUUCCAGUCCCUUUUUCUAUUGCUACCUCUGGUGUUGCUGUCCUCAUUAUCUUUGUCUUGGCUGAAGUAAGAGGCACCGUUUCCUCUUGUCAUUGAGUGAAUAGAUGCUACACAAACAACUGUGGUGACUAUUAAAAGUCACAUACAUGCAGCAUACAAAUGUAUUAAGCAAUAAAGGAUGUUUGGAUGAGGAAGGAAAUGCAUUGUCAUUGGAUACCAUUGCAGUUUAGAAGACCGUUGCACACAUGCCCCUGGUUUAAAGUUUGUGUCUUUUAAAUACUGACUGAACUUUAACUGGGCAGGCCUUGUGACUCAUUAAUCAGCUCUCAUUCACCAUUCACUGUUAAAUGAAUGACUGCAUUAUUGUGAUGUGAAGCAGGUUUACUCAUUUACACUACAAUGAGAUUUGAAGCACAGAGGCUCUGAUCAUUUCCAUACCUUACCCUGUCUUUAAUUACAAACUUGUGUUGAUUGGAAAAUGGGUUACUAGCUUAGCACAGAGUUCCUUCAAGAGUUAUUUUAAAACCACUUUUAAUGAAUGCAAAUAAUCCUGCUUCACGGUCUGUGACAAAAGUAAA